GCGGGAUAGGGACGGGGAUGGGGAUGGGGACGGGGGAUGCGGGAUGCGGAUGAGGGAUGCGGGAUGGCGGAUGCGGGAUGGGGGUGGUAAUUGGCUGGAGAGAUGGGGUUUGAUAUCAUAGAGAUAUCUGGGCUUGACACGUACAUGUGAGGAUAUCGUGGCAGUGACACUGGUAGCGACCGGCAGGAAUAUGCGCAAACCUCAUUUCAUCCAUCUACUAUACUCAUGGACUUACCGGGGUUUGUCGCUCUUUAGCUCCUUCUGACCCCAGUGUCCACUGUCGAGGUGGAUCCUGGUCAUAGAUAGUCGAUGCUUUCCAUUACUCAAUCCACUCCCCCCUGCUAUCUGGUGGCUUAGCUUAUCUCUUGUUAGUCGACCCCCUGCUCUGUGGGUCGAUAUGAGGAUGAUGAGUAUGAUGCGUACAGUACACAGUAUCAUACAACUGCGCUCCUGCUUGUAACCUGUGCGGCGCCGAGUUCAUGCCUGUCCGUCUAUUCCCGGCUCUGGAUCCAUCAUGAUUGGGCGGAUACGCCCUCCUAUUCAUGCUCCUAUUCAUCGCGCUCCCUGUCACGUCUCGCGUGGGUCGACGCUGAUAUCGAAUUUGGGGGUAAGGAGGGACGAGGGACGAGGGACGAGGGAGGACUGGAAAUUUACGGUAAGGCGGCAGGGGAGGUAUGAACUAUCUCACCUCGUGGGUGACAGUACAUAAAGGUUGGAUACACCCUGUAAUUCAGAAUUUCUAGAUCCUGAACUCAUUGACAACGACAAACAACGCUGCUCAAGACCUACCUGAGACAGGGGAUUCUAUCAACGCAACUGCUCUGCUGUGCUGCUGACGAGCCUUCUUCGUGAUAUAUCGAGCCCAACCCUCAAUUCAGAAUACGCACGAUGGCGUCCUCACUCUACGCCAAGCCCUACGACGGCACCGCUGCGGACGGAGGUGAUUCCCUGACGGUUAACCUCAACCAGUACUAUGAGUCCGGCGACAUCUCCUGGAUCAUCACCGCCACUGCCCUGGUGCUCCUCAUGAUUCCCGGCGUCGGAUUCUUCUACUCCGGCCUCGCGCGCCGCAAGUCCGCGCUCUCCCUAAUCUGGCUUUCCAUGAUGUCAGUAGGCGUCGUAGGAUUCCAGUGGUUCUUCUGGGGCUACUCGCUCGCCUUCGGCGCGGGUAGCAGUUAUAUCGGUAACCUCGACCAUAUCGGGUUCCGCAAUGUGCUGGCUGCCCAGUCGCCGGGCAGCCCGAAGAUCCCAGAGAUCCUGUUUGCGGUGUAUCAGGGCAUGUUUGCUGCUAUUACUCCAGCACUUGCCAUCGGCGCUGCUGCCGACCGAGGGCGUAUGCUGCCAUGCCUGGUUUUCAUCUUCAUCUGGUCGACUAUAAUUUACGACCCCAUCGCCUGCUGGACAUGGAACCCCAAAGGCUGGUCCUUCCUCAUGGGCGGUCUCGAUUUCGCCGGCGGAACACCCGUCCACAUCUCUUCUGGCGCUGCUGCCCUCGCAUACUCCGUGAUGCUCGGCAAGCGUUCUGGAUAUAGCGCGACUGCUGGACUCCCAUACCGUCCUCACAACGUUACUCACGUCGUCCUCGGCACAGUCUUCCUGUGGGUGGGCUGGUUCGGAUUCAACGGCGGCUCAGCUCUCGCUUCCAACAUCCGCGCUGUGAUGGCAUGCUUCGUUACACACACCGCAGCAGCCACCGGCGGAGUGGCAUGGACCAUCAUGGACUACAGGCUUGACCGCAAGUGGUCCACUGUUGGAUUCUGCUCCGGUGCCAUCGCUGGCCUCGUCGCCAUCACUCCAGCUGCUGGCUACGUCCCCGCGUGGUCCGCCAUCAUCUUCGGCGUCGUCGGUGCCGUCGCUUGCAACUUCGCCACGAAGAUCAAGUACCUCCUCCACGUCGACGAUGCGCUCGACAUCUUCGCCGUCCACGGCGUCGGCGGCUUGGUCGGAAACCUCCUCACUGGCCUCUUUGCAGCGUAAGUCGCUCUCCAAACACAGGAACCCUGAGACUACAGCUAACACCCAACAGUGAUUACAUAGCAGCUCUCGAUGGCGCUACCGUCAUCCCUGGUGGCUGGCUCAACAGACACUACAUCCAGUUGGCCUACCAGCUCGCCGAUUCCGUAGCAGGCUUCACCUACUCCUUCUGCGGCACGUGCCUCAUUCUGUUCCUGAUGAACCUGGUCCCAGGGCUGUCGCUGCGCGCGUCCGAGGAGGAUGAGAACAACGGCAUGGAUGAUGCGCAAUUGGGAGAGUUCGCGUAUGAUUAUGUUGAGCUGAGGCGUGAGACGUCGGAUGUGGUUACCCAGGAUAUUGAGGCUGCCAGCUCUAAGGGGAGCGCGUCCAUGAGCAGAGCUGGGAGCAUGGUUGGGGCAGAGCAGAAGGUUUAAUAGGGAGUUGUUGUAUUGAUUAAGCGCAAUGGUAGAUAUAGGUGGUGGCAGUACCGGACGGCAUUACAGCGCUCGAUUGUAUCUGGUUAUAAUAUACUUUAAUACCCAAUUGCCUUUGUCUUGAUCUAUGAG